CGGCCGGCGGUCUCGGCGACCGUGCUCGGCUCGCGCGGCCCACGACCGCGCCCGGGCCUCGGCCCGCCAGGGCGCCCGCGCGGAUCGGCCGGGCCUCGCAGGCGAUGGCGGCCGCGGCGGCGCUCUCGGGCGCGGGCGCCCCUCCCGCGGGCGGCGGGGCUGGGGGCGGCGGAUCCCCGCCGGGCGGCUGGGCCGUGGCGCGGCUCGAAGGCCGCGAGUUCGAGUACCUCAUGAAGAAGCGUUCGGUGACCAUCGGGCGCAACUCGUCGCAGGGCUCGGUAGAUGUGAGCAUGGGUCAUUCGAGCUUCAUCUCGCGGCGCCACCUGGAGAUCUUCACGCCCCCGGGCGGCGGCCAUAGCGCUGCCGCCCCGGAACCCGCGCAGCCCCGGCCGGACGCGGGCGGCGACUUCUACCUGCGCUGUCUCGGCAAGAACGGCGUGUUCGUGGACGGGGUGUUCCAGCGGCGCGGGGCGCCGCCGCUGCAGCUGCCGCGCGUGUGCACUUUCAGGUUCCCGAGCACAAAUAUCAAGAUCACAUUCACAGCCCUGUCCAGUGAGAAGAGAGAGAAGCAAGAAGCCCCAGAGUCGCCCGUGAAGCCUGUGCAGCCCCACAUCUCACCCCUGACCAUCAACAUUCCAGACACUAUGGCCCACCUCAUCAGCCCCCUUCCCUCUCCCACGGGAACCAUCAGUGCUGCAAACUCCUGCCCAUCCAGUCCCCGGGGAGCAGGAUCUUCAGGGUACAAAAUGGGCCGUGUGAUACCAUCUGACCUCAAUUUAAUGGCUGACAAUUCACAGCCAGAAAAUGAAAAGGAAGCUUCAGGUGGAGACAGCCCAAAGGAUGACUCAAAGCCACCUUACUCCUAUGCACAGUUGAUAGUACAAGCAAUCACGAUGGCUCCUGAUAAGCAGCUCACCCUCAAUGGAAUUUAUACACACAUCACUAAAAACUACCCAUACUACAGGACUGCGGACAAGGGCUGGCAGAAUUCAAUUCGCCACAAUCUCUCUCUGAACCGUUAUUUCAUCAAAGUGCCACGUUCCCAGGAAGAACCAGGCAAAGGCUCCUUCUGGAGGAUAGAUCCAGCCUCCGAGAGCAAGCUGGUAGAGCAGGCUUUUAGGAAGAGACGGCCUAGGGGCGUGCCUUGCUUUAGAACCCCCCUGGGACCGCUCUCCUCUAGGAGUGCCCCAGCCUCUCCCAACCACGCGGGAGUGUUGUCUGCUCACUCGAGUGGCGCCCAGACCCCUGAGAGCCUGUCGAGGGAGGGCUCCCCUGCCCCCUUGGAACCUGAGCCUGGCGCCUCACAGCCCAAACUUGCCGUCAUCCAGGAGGCGCGGUUUGCCCAGAGUGCACCAGGGUCACCUCUCUCUAGUCAGCCUGUCCUAAUCACUGUUCAGCGGCAGCUGCCCCCGGCCAUCAAGCCUGUCACCUAUACUGUUGCAACCCCAGUGACCACGCCCACCUCUCAGCCGCCUGUUGUGCAGACGGUCCAUGUUGUCCACCAGAUACCAGCAGUGUCGGUGACCAGUGUGGCUGGACUGGCCCCAGCAAACACAUACACAGUUGCUGGACAAGCUGUGGUCACUCAGGCUGCGGUGCUGGCUCCUCCUAAGGCAGAACCACAAGAGAAUGGCGACCACAGAGAAGUCAAAGUGAAAGUAGAACCUGUCCCUGCAAUUAGCCCAGCCACACUAGGCGCUGCUAGCCGAAUCAUCCAGACAUCCCAGGGUACCCCUGUUCAGACAGUGACCAUAGUACAACAGGCGCCUUUAGGUCAACACCAGCUUCCAAUAAAAACUGUAACGCAGAAUGGAACUCAUGUGGUACCAAUGCCUACAGCAGUGCACAGCCAGGUGAACAACGCAGUGGCGAGUCCUCUCCAUAUGUUGGCAACCCAUGCAUCAGCAUCGGCAUCCCUGCCCACAAAGCGCCAGAAUGGUGACCAGGCAGAACAGCCAGAGCUCAAGCGAAUUAAAGCAGAAGAUGGUGAGAGCAUUGUCAUUGCCCUGAGUGUGGAUGCACCACCAGCAGCUAUGCGAGAAAAGGGGAUCCAGAACUAGCUGCUGGGAGACCUUUUCUUCAGACAUCAACUUUGUGGUGCCAAAAGGAGAUGCUGCCUCUUACUGAAGCAGGGAGCGCAUCCUCAGUGGGUAAAGGGCCCUGCGGUUGGACUUCACCUCUUAGCACUGAAAACAUGAACCCAGGUGGCCUUAAAACUCCUUAAUUUAAAGACAAGUUACACUUGAACAGACCCACAACAGCAACCCUGGUUCCAGAGGUGGUGUCUCCUACAGAGCACUCGCUGGGCUGUCAUCUGUGGGCUCAGCUUUUACUACAAGCAAGAACUCCAGGUCAUGAAGGACUGAGUCUCUUGUGUGGAUGCAGCACAUGCUGCAUGUGGAUCUCUCUGACUUUCCUUUAGGGGACAGAGCCACAGCCAUCGGCUGCCCUCAUAGGACCUGAUGACUGCGGCUGAGAGACAAGACAGUAUUUUGUUGUCUACAUGUGGAAUUAGAAUACUUGGAGAUGUCCUUUCUUUACUAAAUAAUGGGGUCUUUGACAUUUCAUAUCACUCCAUUUCUACUCUGGAAAUUUGAGAUUCAUUUGGGGGAAAGAACGUCAUUCUGUUUGUUUCUGUGGUUUGUUUUCAGCCCAUGGGAUGGUUUGCUCUAGUCUGUCCUGCCUGUGUUUGGGUGGCACUCCCUUAGGAUACCUACUUGCCCAUUUCCGUUCAGAGCAGUUACCUGAUGAAUUGGACCUACCCUGUGCCAGUGUAGAGGGUGGGUGAACUGAGGCUGCAUGGACCCAUGAGGCCAGGGGGCAUGGGGCACGGGACCCCGGGAGCCUUCUAGCCUCUGGGCUGCACGUACCUGCUCUUGUGGGUUUUGUCGUCUAUUUCUUUAUGUUGACUUUGUCUCUGGCGUAAUUUCCCACUCUAGUAAAAUGAGUCUCCUACAUAUUGUGUAUGCUUAAAGCAACAGACCCCUCCCUCCCUCCCUUGGGAAACAGAUCCAGGCUUUUUUCACACCUUUUUAGACUGAGGUCAUAGAUCUCUCCCAGAACCUGGGGAGUCUUAGGGGUCAGCUCUCGCUUCUGGCAUCUGACUGGUUAUCUGCAUGGCACACUCACGGCAUGAGCUGUUGGAGAGAUGUUGCCAGUUAACUUGAGGGUCUUAGAAGGAAGACCCAGUGGCCAAGUAUCAAGCAUCCAGGCCAAUUUCUGAUUCUUAAGAGGUUUCUCUGGCUUUUCAGAAUGAAGUACCACACUAAGUCUGACUUAUGUCAUAUAAGUAAAAUUUAAGAGGGAAGGGUGAGGAAAGGUGGGAGGCCAGCAACCUAGCCCACACUCAGGAUCACCGCUCAUCUUUCCAGAGCAUUCUGGACUUAGAGCUGAGCAGCAGGCAGAGGGUGUUAGUCUCAUUGUGAGGUUUUUUUUUUUUUUUAAUAUCAUCAUAACGUUAUUUAUUUAAAUGUAGUUAUUUUGGUAUUUAAUUUUUUUUAAGAGGGGGGGAACCCUGUAUUUUCCUGGUAGAAUGAAAUGGCUCAGAAUGGUAUAUUUAGGCAAUUUAAAACAUUAUUUACAUAAAGACCAAAUAUGAUAAGUCUGUUCUAAGUAUUGCUUCACCCAUAGUAUGGAGCCGUCACAAUGUUACUGCAGAUGAUACGUGUUGACGUUAAUGGAGUUAACAAGCUGGAUUUAUAUAACUCAUCCACUUAAACAAUAAAGGUGAGACAUCAUGUGAGUGAGCAUGUGAGUGAGAACAUGUUGUUCCCACAGCAGUCUGCCUUUGGACUGCAGCCUGGGGGACUGGAGCCCCUCCAAGCAGCAGUCUGCCUCCUCUACCAUUUUGCAGGUAACCUUGGAAUAUGUAUUUCUUAAAGGUUUGCAGUUUGCAAAGUACUUUGGGGUGUAUUGUGCCCAGCAUGUGGGUCCAGACAAUGGGCCUCAGUUAAUGUGGUGCUCUAGCAGGAGGCCACCCUAGUGAGGUGGGCUCAGGCACCACCAACUGAAAACAUACUGUGUGUCUGGAGACAUCUAUGUGUAGCAUGCUUGACCAGGACUUGGGUAGAUGUUCCCUAUGUGAGUGAAGUCUGCAGACUCGUUACCUCUGAGCUCCAAACAGACCUUAGGAGUCUGCAGGGGUUUCUUUGGGGGGAUCAUAGAAAAAUUUUGAAGAUGGAAGGAGGAUUUUUUUCUUUCUUUAAGCCACAUUCUCAGUCUCAAGUGAGUGAAGUGUUCUAUACAGCCCCAGGCACGCACUCAUCUUUAACCCUUGCUGCUGUAUCGGCCAUGCUGCUGCUCUGGUAUAGGAAUGUAAAGCUGUCAAGGAGAGGGCAGAAGCUAAGCUGUAGAUUAACAGAGUACUGAACCCAGGUUUUCUUCCCAGUGUUGAAGGCACUGCUUUAGUUUAUGUUCAUCUGAGUUCCCAGAAGCCCCCUCCACACACCAGGGCUGGGCUCAUGUGCUUUACCCCCCAACAGAUGUCUGAUGUGGGGACUUAAGACCCUGAUACCACAAGUAGCUUGCCGCAGUUCCCAGGUCCACUGUGGCACCUCAGUGUUGAAUGCUUAAGGAGUCUCUCUUUGACCUUUACCAAACGUCUGAGCUCCCUCAGGGACUAGAUAACUUCAGUAGCUUUGGCUUGAACCACACAGAACACAAAGGGAAACUUACCUGUGUCCUGGGUACAGUGCAUUCCAGAAAGUGUGUGGCAUACUUUGUAUAGAUGAAUUCUCCACACUGCAGAACGUGUUCACAGACAGCAGCAGGUCUCCAUAAAUAGCCCACCUCACUUCCUUGUCCUCGGCUUGGGGGGGGGCUGGUCACAGAGUAGCUGGAGUAGUUCAGAAGGGGUUGGGGAGUGUCAGGACUUGGGUUUUCUACGCUAUGUGACACAAGGAGAGAAGUGACAAUCGUGAAGUCCAGGCAUCUGCUGUUACUAGAGUAAGCAGAGUGGUGAUCUGUGUGCAAAGAUUUGGAAUUUUUAAAAAGUACCAAGUUCCUGAAAUUCAAUAAAAUAUUUUUAUUAAUUUUAAUUGAA